AUGGUCGCCUCCUUAUUAUUUUUCGCCUUGAUCUCAUCGGCGUAUGCUUGUGUCCCUACUAUUCCUCCUACAACGACCGCACCAUGCUGCGGAAUGCUGUCUACCUCUGCACUGCCAAGAAGAGCACCAACAAAUUUGGACACAUUUGAGCAGUGUUCAAUUUUGAGGAGAAUGUCCUCAACGUGCCCAAUCGAUGGCGUCGUCUUCUGCGAUGCCGCUCCGGAUACAAAUCCCGAGGGGAUGCAAAUUCAAUUUUUCGACUCAACCGGAGCCGUGGUUAGGACGGUGACGAAUGGAGGGACCUCAUUGGCAGUAAAGGUUCAAUGUACCAAUGGCGUGUGGACGGUGCUGACCGGUGGGAAUCAAGUUGCAAUUUCUACCGUCUCGUGCGCCCAAACCGGAUCCCAGGGAGUCGAUGCCGGAUAUGUGCUCGGAUCGGCGAUCAGU